CGAGUGGGGCGCCACGCAAAGCAGCCGCUUUGACAGUACAGGCUGCAGCAAGCAGGCAGCAGCCGUACAGACGGCUGCUCCGAGCAGCACUGGACCAGGGGAACCUGCUUGCUGCAAUUCAGCCACCAGCCUCAAGCCGGAGGCAGAGGGACUCAUGGCUGUCUCUUUUGGAACCGCCAUCCCGCCGGGAUUCUUUCCUAUCCAGUACCCGCCCCCCCUGUUCCCCAAGCCAGGAAAAGACAAUGCGCGUCUACAGAAACUUCUAAAGCGAAAUGCCAAAAAGAAGACAUCACCGCAGGUGUCACAGUCUGCCGCUGCCUUCCGUUCCAGUCUUUCCCCUGUUAAUGAAGCCAGCCCUGACCUCGAACGCAGUGAUCACUCAACACCGCCCAAAACUCCCGAUGUGCCGUACGCAUUCUACAGUACCCAGCAGCCGUCCCGUUUCGCCGCGCGACCUCUUUAUCAGCAUGUCGCAUCACCAUACCCGCAGCGGGCAGCUUUCUCUCGAGCAGGCAGGUUCUCCCCCCAGCCACUUGCCUUCCCAACAUACCCACAACAUAGCAGUGGCGUAGCAUCUCUUUAUUCAAAUUCUUUGCAACUGUCCCAAGCACAAGCAGUUCCAAUGGUGCCUGUCCAGCCAUUGCCUCUUCAGCCGAUGCCCCCUGAAAUGACUCAACAACCUUCUCCCUUUGUGUCCCAGCCAAGGGGUCCUCCUCCAGAGUUAAAAACCCAAGAUUUGAUUCCUUUUCCAGAAACUCCCAGACUGGCUGUAGCUCCACCAACCAUGCCAAAACCAGUAAGUCCUAAUCCGACCAUGUACCCAGCAAUACAAAGUCAAGGUUUGACUCGGCCUCUAACCGUGCUGACACAGAUCGUUAAGCCCAGAAGUCCUCGUCCAACAUUCAAAGCUACUGAAAACACUCCCAAAUCUCCCAAGUCCAUGUUUGAGGUCCCACAAAUACGCUUGUAUACAGCGAGUACUUCUUACUACGAAACGUCAAGGACGCCGCCCGUGUAUGACACAGUCGCUUUAACUGCCAUUGGUACUACAGUCACCACUGAAAGCAAUCAAGAAGCAAACUCGGCAUUUGAAGCCAGUACAGUUGUCACCCCAAGCCCUUCAAUCACCUUGGAAUCUAAAACAGCAACUACAGAUUUAAGAGAAACUACAAAAGUAGAGAUAAACCCUGCAGUGGCGCCAUCCAUUGAGAUUAGGAGAGCCACGCCCACAUCAGAUAUGGGAAUCAAGACACCAACCGAGGAAAUGCAAUCACCGAGGUGUCUCACGGGGCGUCCGAGGACCCCAGCAAAGCGCGCCGCAACACCCGUAUUUGAGAUCUCCAGACCUAACCCUCUCUUGUUUGCAGUGUCACCAGUAAUGAUGGAGCCAGAGAGGUCCUUAACCCCCAAAAUGAGAGCCAAGACUCCAGAUAUCAAUGUACUUGCUACAGUUCUAAAUGGGGAUGUCCCUGUGAGUUUCCCACCGAUGAUUACAAAGUCUAGAUCAGAACCAGACUUAACCAGGAGAACCCCGACUGCUGAGCUAACGCCUGCUGUGACAUCCUUUGGAUAUCAGAGGCCUAACACACCGACAUACGUGGCAACCCAGCUUAUCAACGCAUCUCCAGUUUUUAAAAGACCAAGAACUCCCACAUAUGGUACAUCCCCCUAUAGUGGACCUACUGCGGCCUUCCAGAGAUCAAAGACCCCAACUUUAGUGGGGCCCAAAUCCAAGUCUUCCUACCGUGGUCUAAUGCCUGGAGAGUAUGCUGCUUACGGAGGAAUCAAGACACACACACCAACUUUCGGAAUUAGCGGAAGUCAGGCAACAACUAUUGAAGAGGCUGAAACCACCCAGGGUAAAUCAGCAACUCAAGAGCUAGCAGUCUCUGAAGUCAAAGAGAUACCCCAAGUUCAGGAGGUUUCUGUCACACCAACGAUUCCCAUAAUUACUGUUUCCCAGACACCCCAAACCAUAGCAGUUACACAAAAAGCAGACGCAGGAAUGGUCUCCUCCACCAUCCCGGAAAAACAACCACAGGUUCAAGAAACGUCAGACAUGAGACCUGCAAUUUUGGAGGUGAGAACUCCCAUCCUCCAGAAGACAGACUUGCCAGAACCUCCUGUGACAAAACAAGCUCCACCUGGUCCUGAGAAAGAUCCAAUGAAGGCAGUAAGAAAGCUUCUCGGGAAACAAAAAGUCCUGCCCUCAAAGAGUCAAGAUGAGGCAAAGGUUGAAGAGCCAGUGAAAACCACUACCGUUGAGAAAAUAAAAGCGGAUUCUAUCCAAUGUCAAGACAAAGACAAUAACGCUGGAACAGUACCCGGAGCUGAGAAGAAUGACGAAUCUCCUAAAACUACCAAGAAGCCGAAGGCUAUGAAAUCCAAAUUGAGCGGCUGGUCCAGACUGAAGAAGCACAUGGUGGUGGAGCAGGAGGACCCUUCAUUUCCACAGGCACAAGUUGCGGGCCAGGAUCAGAGCCAGGAGGUCAAUGCUGAUGGCUCUGCCCCACCUAAAGCCUCAAAGAUGUGGGAUGCUGUCCUCUUUCAGAUGUUCUCCAGUAAAGAGAACAUCAUGCACCAAAUUGAGCUGAAGAAAAAAGAAGAGCAGGAGAAGAGAAACGAGAAUAAAGGUGAGGACAUGUCCAAGGAAGAGACCAAGGAAAUCCCAUCAUUUGCAUAUCGGCUGCCCAUCUUGCUCUUCAGCCCCAAGUUUGAUGCCAAGAAGCUGAAGGAGGCGGCAUCGAGGCCCCUCACCAAGUUCUCCACUGUCUUUGAGAUGGGCCUGAUCGCACGCAAGGCCAAAGAUGAUGAACCAAAAGACUUUAACAGAACAGCUAGAGGCUUCAGUUCUUCCUAAGAAGUCAGAGAGGAACUUGAAUGUUUCAGGAAAGGUAUCACAAUAAAAGUACGUAUGUUUGGACUCGGCUUCAUAAUUGCCAGGCCUCAACAAGCCUUGACCUAAAACUGGUUCUGCUUGUUUGGGCUUUACGUGAGAACCUUAAUUGUCUUACAAUUAAAAGCUUGGAUGUUUCAACUCAUUAAGAAGCCUCCUAUUUGUUUGCAAUGUUUGUUUGGUGGUUAUUGAAGUUCACAAUGGUGCUAAAUAUGUCUCCUGAAGUUUCAACCUUUUAUUUUGAUUUUUAAAAUUGUGUCAUCAAAGAGAAGACUAAUAAUAACAUUCAAACUAUUUUUUGACUGUGUUGUUUCUAGAAUAGUCUGAAUUGAAUAUGCAGUAUGGAAGGAGAACAACGGAAUGUCAAGAAACGUGAAGGUCAUCAAGAAAGUUGAAAUGGGAAUAGAUGGACGUGUACAAAUGUCAGAUUCACUUUGCGUGCGUGUUCUUGUGCUUGGUUUUUUUUUUUUUUUUUUUAAUCUAUAUCUGAAUUUACUCUAAAUUUCCAGCUUCACUUCUGGAAGGAAUUUCAAAAUAAACCAACAAGGCAAAAUUUUUCAUCUGUCGUCAAUUAUGUACUGUCAAAACUAAUAACAGCCAACUUAGGUAAGAUUCCCUUCUUAGAUUGGAUUUAAGUUUUAGGUGUUGGGUAUAAAUAGGAUUUUCCCUACCUAUUUAAGGAGGUGUUAAAAAGAUCACCCUAUUAGAAGUACAGUAUGAUAUUUUCAGAAAUCCAGGAAC